UGAAUGUUGGGCACUUCUGGUUUGGGCAAAGUGAACUGAGCAGUGAGCAAAACAUACAUCACCUUUCAGUUUCACACUUGACACUAUACACUCACAGUCACAGCUCAACUCAUAAGAAAGAGACAAAAUCCAAAACCAGAAUCUAAGCCCAAACACUCCCUGCAAUUCCAUUAAACUUUGCCUCACAAGACCUCUUUCUUCAUACUGCAUUAACCAUUUACUUCAAUAAGCAUUCAGUUCCACUCUUUCACUGUUGGAGGCUUGGAGCACUGUAUAAAGUCUCCACCCUCACUCACAUUGCUCCACAACCCCAUCUCCCAUUUCAGGUUUUGUUAUUUGAUUUUUCUGAAUGGAGAUAUCAAGAAUUUGGCAAUGGUUAAAUCUUCUAGUAUGUGUACUGUUAUUAAUAAAGUCAGAAGGAUCUGGUUUUGUUCCAAUAACUUAUUUGGAGGAUGCAGAGUCAAAAGGAGCCGUUUGUUUGGAUGGUAGUCCUCCGGCAUACCACUUCGAUAAGGGAUCCGGUGAAGGUGUUAACAGCUGGAUUGUUCAUCUUGAGGGAGGAGGAUGGUGCAGUGAUGUGUCUUCUUGCCUUGAACGCAAGGACACUCGCUUAGGUUCAUCCAAACAAAUGGAUACUCAGGCUGGAUUUUAUGGAAUACUUAACAACCAACAAGAUUAUAAUCCAGAUUUCUACAACUGGAACAGAAUCAAGAUUAGGUACUGUGAUGGAUCAUCAUUUACUGGUGAUGUGGAAGAAGUUGAUCCAACAAACAAUCUGCACUUCAGAGGAGCAAGAAUUUUUGAAGCAGUCAUUAAGCAUUUACUUGCAAAAGGAAUGGAGAAUGCUGAAAAGGCUAUUCUGUCUGGAUGCUCUGCUGGAGGAUUGGCUGCUAUAUUGAACUGUGAUCGCUUCAAAUCCUUCCUACCAAAUGGCGCUAGAGUGAAAUGCGUGCCAGAUGCCGGCUAUUUUAUCCAUCUACCAGAUGUCUCCGGAACAAAGCGCAUUGAAAAUUUCUACAAAGGAGUUGUUGAAACACAUGGAUCAGCAAAGUAUUUGUCUAAAUCUUGCACUUCAAAAUAUGGAGCUGGCCUGUGCUUUUUCCCACAAUAUGUAGUACAAGAUAUCGCCACGCCCAUUUUCGUCGUAAAUGCGGCCUAUGACUCAUGGCAGAUUAGAAACAUUUUGAUACCGGGCAUGGCGGAUCCACACGGCAGCUGGCAAAACUGCAGAGAUGACAUAAGCAAUUGCACACCUGAUCAACUAGAUGCUGUGCAAGGGUUUAGAGAGGAUUUCAUAAAGGCAUUGAGUGGGGUGCAGAACUCUCCAUCAAAAGGAAUGUUCAUAGAUUCUUGCUACAUCCACUGCCAAACGGAAAUGCAAGAGUCUUGGUUCAAAACCGAUGCACCUCAGCUUGCAAAUACUACUAUUGCUAAGGCUGUUGGUGACUGGUUUUAUGAUCGAAAGCCUUUUCAACACAUUGAUUGUGCCUUCCCAUGCAACCCUACUUGUGGUAAACCCGUCUUAAAUGUCAAAGUCAACCCUGAAUUCUAGAUAUAUAUGAUCUUAUAUUUCAUAAAGUUGUGGAAAUAAUGCAACGUAAUGAGUAAUAACUGUUAUUAUUGUUGUAAUCUUCUCUUAAUGAUAUAUCAUAUUUUACGUUUGUAAUCA